AUGGCGACGCACCGACAUGUGCUUUGGCUGGUGCUUGCGGCCGUGAUCUUCGAUUAUUCUUUCGUGACGAUGAUGCGAGUAUGCCUUCCCUUCCAUGCGAAGGCCUUGGGAGGCUCCAGCACCAUGAUCGGGAGCCUGGAGACCGUCUAUGGCCUCGGUCAGUGGAUUGGUGCCAUCGUUCUGCCUCGGCUCUCGGACAAGUGGGGGAGGAAGGUGAUCCUGGUCUUGUGUAGCGCCUGCGGAGCAUGUGGCUAUGGGCUGGCCUUGGUGGGCUUGACCUUGGCCAGUCCUGCGUUGCUUCUGAUCAGCCGACUGCCCGUGGGCCUGGCAAAGCAGACGGUCACCGUCAGCCGCGCAGUGGUCGCGGAUUGCACAGAGGCCACUGGCGACCGCUCGCGCUGGAUGGCCUACCAGUGCACUGCCCUCGCGACCGGCUGCACGAUUGGACCUUUGCUGGCCUCCCAGGAGGCCCUCGGGGAGUUCGGCCCCAUCGCCUUAGCUGCGGUCGUCUUUGCCGUGCUCGCCCCUGCCAUGGCGCUGGUACUUCCGGAAACCGCCCCGCAGAGGAACGAGAAACAGAGCCAGGUUGCUCAAGUACCCCUCUGGCAGCAGAACGAGGUGCUGAUGAUCUUGCUGCUCCUAGCCCUUCCAGAGCUUGGUUUGGUGUCUCACCAGGGCGUGGCGCUGAACACCUACUCUAUGAAGCUUGGCAUGGGAAAGCCCUGGAUUGCCAAAGUGAACUCCGCCUCCGCCGUCCUCCAGGCUUUGGUUGCUGGCACUGUUUGCGCCAGCUUAGCCCGCCGCGGGUGGAGUGACACCACGUUAAUGCAGAUUGGCUGUGGCAGCUUCGCUGCUGCCUCCCUGGCGAUUUUCUUCUGGCACCUGGAUCUCUGCGAUCAGAGCUCCCAGUUGACAGACAGAGCUGUUUCACUGGCUGUGAUACCACACCCUGCUUCUCGAGCCACAGGGCGCAGUACACCCACCUGUGCAGCACUGCUCCGGACAACCUUGGACAUGGACUGCUCGGGGCUCAUAGGGGAGGAUGCCGACGCCAGGACACUGGGGCAUGUGGAUGUUGUCCAGGCCGAGCUCUCGCUCGGUGCUCACCAUGCACUUGAGGAUUUCAGCUGCAAAACUGACCAAGUGGAUGUUCCGAGCUGGUGCGGCGGUGUGGGGUCAGACGCUAUGCCAUACAGUGGUGACUGGUGUCUGUAA